GUCACACAUGAGUAUAUUGAACCUACUCAAGCUUCCUGGUCUCGUAGUGCAAAACUUUACUAGUGGGAACAAAGCGAAAGACAAGGUCUAUAACUGCAUGUUGAUAAGCAUAUCAGUAACAGAAUGCAUUACUUAAGAGGGCGGCACUAGGCUGCGUGCCAAAGGCCCUGUGAAAUGGGGGCCUGCUGUUCGUCUGCGUCCGCUUACCCGGAGGAAGAGGAGGACCACUCGGACCACGGAGAGCAGCCUAUUGACAUUCGCUUUUCAAAUACAUCCCAGGAUGGCCACGAGCGGCCAACUCGCUCAACCAUCCGCUCUACGCGUGGGAACCGCGACCGGGGCAGCGCAGACUUCGGCCCACCCGUGGGGACCCGCUUUGGGUCGUCGCGGGGAGUUCCCUCCCCAUCCUGCUCUUCUGUUUCACUCGUGCCGGUCGCCCGAACCGGCAGCUACGAUGUGCGCGUCGCUUCUCGCACGCGCCAGAACGGCGGUGAUGGUGUCAUUGAGACGACCCGCCUCAUUAUCGAUCACCUCAAGGGCAACGUGUUCAUCAAUCAAUAUUUGAUCAUCAAGGACCUGGGGAAGGGAGCCCACGGCACGGUCAAGCUGGUUUACAACACGCAGGACGACAUGUUGUAUGCUAUGAAGGUCAUCCACAAGCGCCGCAUGCGGCGGCAGUCGUACCUGGCGGAGCCGCGGGCGGUGGCAAACAUGAUGCGGAACGUGGGGAUGUCGCCGUUGUCACCAGGGAGCCAGACGGAAAUGCAGCGGGGGAUGAGCCCGCUAGCGAGCCCGCGCACGCCCAACGGCAUGACGGACGAGUACAGCAACGAGAUUGCGGUGAUGAAGGAGCUGGACCACCCCAACGUGGUGAAGCUGUACGAGGUGAUCCACGACCCCUCCAACAACAAGCUGCUCAUGACCAUGGAGUACGUGGAGGGCGGCUGCGUGCUGGCGGGCAGCAGCCCCACGCAGAAGAUCCCGAUCCCGGAGGCCACAGCGGUUAAGUACUUCCGUGAUGUGGUAAAGGGGCUGGAGUACCUGCACUUCAACAGGAUUGUGCACGGCGACCUGAAGCCGGACAACCUGCUGAUGAGCAGCUCGGGCAAGGUGAAGAUCAGCGACUUUGGCAGCGCGCGCUUCUGCGAGAAGAGCGACAUGAUCUUCGCCACGGCCGGCACGCCCACCUUCAUGGCGCCUGAGAUGUGCCAGGGCAAGCAGUUCAACGGCUUCCCGGGCGACAUCUGGGCGCUGGGCAUCUGCCUGUUCAUGUUCGUGUUCGGCAAGCCGCCGUUCGUGGGCGCCACCACCUACCAGAUCUACGAGGCCAUCCAGCGCGCGGAGCUGGCCUUCCCGCACGAGAUACCCGUGUCGGGCGAGCUCAAGGACCUGCUGGGGCGGCUGCUGCAGAAGGACCCGGCGGAGCGCAUCAGCCUGGAGGAGAUCCCCGCACACCCCUGGGUGACGCGCGGCGGCGCGCUGCCGGUGCUGCAGACCUCCAACGAGCGCGCGGUGCAGAGGGUGUUCGAGGCCAUGCGCAAGCGCAACGAGUCUGGCGGACGGCGCACGGAGCCGUCCACGGUGCCGCUGGCCGCGCCGCCGGAGCCGGUGGACAUGACCAAGCUGGUGCCGGACGCGGAGGUGCGCCACUACAAGGACGGGGACGUCAUCAUUGCCCAAGGGCACGUGCCGGAGGGCCUGUACUACGUGCAGGAGGGCUAUGUGGACAUGAUGCUGAUGCCGUCCGAGAAGAAGCUGGUGGCCGACGAGGACUUUGCGGACGCCAUCGACGACGAGGAGGACGAGGACGACGAGGCGGUGGUCACCGCCACCGCCAACGUGCUGGACAACCGGAGGAGCAACGGCAGUCCGGAGGGCGACGGCGACGACGGCAGCGGCAGCGACAGGCGCAGCGGCAAGGGCGGCGGGGAUGAUGAUGAUGACGAGGAUGACCGCAAGGAGCGCAAGGGCGUGGACGACUUCAUGGCGCUGUUCGGGGCGCGGCUGUCGGACAGGGUGUCGCCGCUGGGAUCCAGCCCCAACGUCACGCCGCGCAACCACUCGGUCGCUGUCACUCCGCGGCACGGCAGCCAGACGCUGGCGCCGCGCAACAACUCCACCACGCUCGCGCCGCGCUACGCCAGCCAGUCGCUCAUGGCCGGCCGCCGCACGCACCACCACCUCUCGGACCAUCACCACCUCUUGCGAGCCUCCCACGCCUCCGCCUCGAUGCCCCUGCCCAUCCCGCUGCAGCCGCAGCACUCCUCACCCACGCCCGGCAGCGGCUCCGCCACACCGCACCACCACCUCCCCGCCCACCUCGCAAACCUGGCCCCCGCCAGCCCCAGCCGCUCCCACUCCCGCUCCUCCACCGCUGCCGGCGGCGGCAGUGGCGGCCUGCUCCACUCGCCCCGCCAGAACAGCGUCUCCAGCCGCCUGGGGCCGCCGGGCGGCGCCGGCGCGGGCCCCCGCAUGUCCUUCAGCGGCGGCGGCGCGGGCGCACUGCAGAUGCGCCUGCCUAGCUACAGUGCCGCCGGCGCGCAGCCGGGCGGCGCCGGCGGCGCGGGCCCCAUCAGCCCCUCGCCACUGGGCCUGUCCUGCAGCAACGCCGCCGACAUGCUGGACGACGAGGUGACGCGGCACCCGCCCCGCGACGAGCGCAACCCCCAACACGGCCACGACCACGACCGGACGUCCCGCGACCGCGACCGCGCCUCGCUGACUGACAACACCACGGACGGCGAGUCGGACGCGCGCGCGACCAACAACUCCACGGCGCCGCUGGACCUGCUGCGGGCGUCGGCGUCGGCUCGCGACCCCGCGCAGUCGCCGUUCCUGGUGCCCUCGCCGCCGUCCACGUCUCCGCAGAACAGCCGGCGGCAGCUGAUGCAGGAGCCCAGCUUCAACCCGCGGCUGCAGAGAGAAAACAGCGGGCGGCGCGGGCUCAGCCGGUUAUCGGGAGCGGACUUGCUCCCUGCCAGCGCGGCGAUGCCCGUGCCAUCAGCGGCGGUGACGUCGGGGCCAGGGCGGCUGGCGCUGCUGGGGAGAGCGGCUUCCAACAGGGCCCGGCACUCCAUGGACUCGGAGGACGGGCAGAGCCACGAGGCCGCCGGCGGCAGCACCAGCCGCCGCGGCGGUUCCUUACUCGGGCCCCAUGCCUCUGUCCCCAACCCCAGCACGCCGCCCAACUCCUCCGGCGGCGCCCUGUCCUUUCCCUCCACCCUGGGCUCGGGCACGCUGGGCCACCCGCCACUGCCGCCGCACCACCCGGGCUCAUCCUUCAAGGACCGGAAGAAGGACGGGCACAAGGAGAACGGCGAGUCAGGGAGCGGCGGCAAGGACAAGCACAGGGACAAAGACAAGGAGGACGAUGUGCUGCUGCUGUCGCCGACGGAGUCGCGGCGGCUCAGCGUCACGGCGGGCGGCAAGGGCAGCUUCCGCAAGCAGGGCGGCGCGAUGGGCGGCGCCGGCGUGGUGGUGGCGUCGGGGCCGCCGGGGUCUGUGUCGCCCGCCAGCAGCCUCAGCCGCAUGCACAGCGCGGAGCACGGCAGCAAGCCCAUGCCGGGGCUGCUGCCGGUGUUCGAGGCGAUCAUGGGCGGCAACGACUCGGUGGCGAGCGAGGGCGCCGCCAGCAAGGCCAACAGCGCGGACAGCAUCAUCAGCAACGCGGACAUCAGCAUGCAGGCCUCCUCGUCGAGAGGCGGCUGGCGCCGCGAGCGGCCGGCGCCGGUGCAGAUCGGCGGCGGCGGCCUGCCAGGCGGCAUUGUGCCGCACCCGCAACCGCUGGGACCGCGCGCGCCCAGCGGCGGCGGCAACCUGGCGGGCCCACUCAUCGCGCGCGCAGGCUCCAACUCCAGCAGCGCCGGCGGCGCGGCACCGGGCGGGGUCUUGCAUCCGCUGCCGGAGUUGAUAGCGUCCGGUGGCGGUGGCGGCGGCGGCAGCGGCGUGGGGGCAAUGAGCCGGUUCCGUGGCUCGGUGCGGCGCUCCCAGACGCACGACCUGGAGCCCACGCACCCGCCGCUGGAGGACAUGGAUGUGGCGGAGCCGGACCGCACCAGCACCAAGGUCUCGCCGCGCUACGGUCCCGGCGGUGCUGUCAUCACCGCCGCCGGCGGCGGCCGCGACCGCGGACACGACUCCAUGCGCGGCAUGGAGGACGACGACGCGACAGCGGCGGCGGCCGCCGCCGCCGGUGGCCGCGCCCCUCGCUCUCGUGUGUCUGGCGACCGCUCCUCCACGGAACGGACCACGCUGGAGCGCCUCACGCCGGAGCGCCUCACGCCGCAGGGGCUGUCCACCACGCAGGAGGAGGACUCGUACGACGCCGGUAUGAGUUCAGCGAUGUCGCUGGCGCAGCGCCGCACGCCCGACGAAGAGCUGCGGCAACUGCCGCGCCACGCCUACACAGACGUGGACCGCACCGCCAGCGGGCCGCCGGGGCCGCCGCCGCCCGAGUACUAUGAGGGCGACGGCGCGUACAGCUCAGCGCAGCCGCUGGCCGCCUUCCGCAGACCCGGCGCCGACGCGGCGCGCAAGGGCCGCAUGCGGCGCCACUCCACCUCGUCCUACAACGCCACCAACAUCCUCACGCGCGUGCUAGGCGUGUCUACUGGCGGCGCGCCGCUGGACCGCUCGUCCAUCCAGGAGUGGUCCACCACCAGCAAGUUGGCGCAGAAGGCCAUCCAGCGCUCCGACUCCAUGCACAGCCGCAUGGCGCAGAUGGUGCUGCGCGCCAAGCAGCACGCGGUGCGGCGCAAGCGGCGGGGCUCCAUGCAGCUGGUCACCACGCGCGGCCCGGGCAGUGUGGUGGGCGAGCUGUGCAUCGACGGCAAGCCCGCGCCCAGCCCCAGCACCGUGGUGGCCAAGGGGCCGGUCACACUGCUGGUCAUCAAGAACGAAAAGGUGACCAAGUACCGCAACCAGCCCAGCGUGAUGGCGGCGCUGCACCGCAGCCAGAAUGCCAGCCUGGUGCAGGAGGCCAUGGAGCGCUUCGUGGAGUGCGAGCAGGAAGUGGUGGCGGUGGAGGUCAUCCGCAGGACCAUCACCACGGAGCCCAUGCACGGCCCGGGCGGCGGCAUGGACGUCAUGGGCGACGAGGGCGACGGCUACACGGACGACCACGACGACUACGCGGAGGUGGACGGCGAGGGCGAGGAGGGCCACGCCGACGGCGAGCGCGUGUCCAGCGAGCGAUUCAUGGCGGACAUCUACAACGCUUAGCUAUAGGCGCAGCUUGCCUUCCAUUAGCAACAGCUGGACUGAACAGGGGUUGGACUCGCAGAGGUUGCAGGGUUAUGUGAUCAGCGCAGGCAGCUGCGUGCGGAGCAGGACAGGCAGGGCAACAGGCAGGCAGGCAGACAGCCGGUGAUUUGCACGCUCUGUUAUUAUGGCUGGCUGGGGUGGGUGGGCUGGGUACGUACAUGCGAGUACGGCAUACGUAUGCAGGAGUGUGCGCGUGCUGCGCAUGUCGUGUGCGAUUCCCUGCUGAGGGUCUUGCCUGCCACCGUAAACUCCGGUGCGGUGUGGGCAAACUGUAGAUUUAUCAGGCGCUGGGCGAACUCGAUACGCGUGCUGUGCGUUACUGUUUUCAUCCCUGCCCUGUUCAUGACUGCGUGUGGUGCUCCUGAGUCAUCGUGUAUUAUUCCGGCACCCUUUGGUUGCACCUUGGUCCGUUUGGACUCGAUGACCAAGUCCACAACCCCCUGCCCUGCUGACCGUGUAGCUCUUGCACGGUUCGUGAACGCGUCGAUAGCAGGCUUUGAGCACGUGUGAGUGCGGUAGUGCACUGUGCUGUUGUGCAUGAUUCCAACCUUGCUCAACAUCACACUGAAUGCGUGGGGUCGAGUACCCAACAAGGGAUUCUCAUGUUGUGUGUUUGCGUGGCUGGCUGUGCGCGUGUGUAUGUGAUCAAUACAAGGCGCGCGGAUUGCAACGAACGAGGAAGGGUGGGCGGUAGGCUACGCAUUUGACGUGAUCUAAUUACAAGAUAUGACGUGACCCAAUGAAGCAAAGCAUACUGGUGGGGCUGGGAGUGUCCGUUCAGUCGUAGGAAAGCUGCGAGAUUGAAAGCUUGCCCGUGCAUGUGUAGGUAUAUGUUUGUAUGGUAUGGAGUCGCCGGCAUGAUACCAUGCGAGAGGAGCUUGUGCAGUGCGGUGUGGUGUGCAUGAAGACUUGAUGCAGCGUGCCGUGCGGCCCGUGCGUGCGGCCAAAGACGGCGACACCGGCCAACCGAGGUCAGGGGGGUGGCCGUGACCUAGACAUGGUUGUGGCUUCGGCCUGUGUAUGGCACUGCGCCAUGUGUUACCGCCGUUCCUG